UCCGCCGCGUCAGUUGUUGUAACCACACUUUUCUCGCUUUUUGUUGGUCUCCUCCGCCGAUUUUCAGACACUAGUUUCUGUCCGAAAAGAGUUUCAGUUGUUAAAAUUUAAAUUACUUUUUUUUCCCGUACAAAAUCGAAAAAAAAUGUCAUCGUUUCUCAAUUUUCCGGCCAUUUCACCUCGUCCAUCUGCUUUUCCCGGCGCUUCAUUUCGUCCUCGCUUUUCAUCUCCAGGAUUGUUCAAGUCUUGUGUUAAGUGCAGUUAUGCUGAAGAAGCUACAAUUGACAUUGUGGCAGAUGUCAGAUCUGAAAGGGUUGUAGUCCUUGGAGGCAAUGGUUUCGUUGGCUCAGCUAUCUGCAAAGAAGCAAUCUCCAACGGAAUCGAGGUUGUAAGUGUCAGCAGGUCUGGUCGUCCUAGCUUGCAAGAUUCAUGGUUGGAUCAGGUUACAUGGGUUACUGGUGACGUUUUCUAUUUGAACUGGGAUGAAGUACUUCUCGGUGCCACUGCUGUAGUUUCGACCAUUGGUGGUUUUGGUAAUGAAGAACAGAUGAAAAGAAUCAACGGUGAAGCUAACGUUAUCGCUGUGAAUGCUGCUAAAGAUUUCGGUGUUCCUAAGUUUGUCUUGAUCACUGUUCACGACUACAAUCUUCCACCAUUUGUUCUAUCCAGCGGUUACUUCACCGGAAAACGUAGCGCUGAGGCAGAACUCCUCUCCAAAUAUCCCAACUCCGGAGUUGUGCUGAGACCAGGUUUCAUUUACGGGAAACGAAAAGUGAACGGAUUCGAGGUCCCGCUUGAUCUGGUCGGGGAGCCACUAGACAAGAUCUACGAUGCUGCAGAGAGGUUCAUUAGGCCGUUGAGGUCUCUCCCUGCGUCUGAUCUCAUCUUGGCUCCACCGGUUAAAGUCGAUGAUCUAGCACUUGCUGUGAUUAACGCCGUUAAAGAUGACGACAUCUUUGGCAUUUUCACUAUUGAGCAGAUCAAAGAAGCAGCUGCAAAAAUGAGAGCCUUUAGCUACUAAAACAGCUUCUUCCUGUUCCUCUCCCUUUACAUACUUUGUAACCGUAAAAUACCGUAUAUAUUUUUGCUUGUUUCGCGACGAGCGAGCAAUCGUAAAAUUUCGGGACCGGAGAUUUAUGUUAUAACUAGGCCUUGCCCGCGUAAAUGAUAUCAUAAAAAAAAUUCAUAAGUUGA